CUCUUUCCAUAUAAAUCCAACGCCUCCAUCAUCUUUCUUCGUCUGGCUUCUUCUUCCCUUUUUCUUCUCGCAUCAUCUCUCUCUUUUCCUGAUAUUCCGCCGAUCCAGCUCAUCAAGAAUCUAGCUACUAAUUAGCUUCUUCGCCGAUCUCUGAUAUUCAUUUCAGCUGGCUUCUGGGAUCUCUGCUAUUCUUAUAUAAGCCUCCCACCCCCUCGCUCAGAAACAGAGCAACCAAACUGAUCGACUUGGACGACAUGGAAAACUGCUCAUCCCCUGCUUCUUAUAUCCGAUUGGUGCACCGUCUAAUUGAGGAAUGCAUCCUAUUCAACAUGAGCAAGGAAGAGUGCAUGGAAGCUCUUUCCAAGCACGCAAAUAUCAAACCGGUCAUCACUUCCACCGGUGUGGGAAGCAGUGUGGAAGGAAUUGGAGAAAGAGAACAAGGAGUUCUUCGAGGCCUACUCGAGAAACAGAGCAGAGAGGGCUUCAGAGACAGAGACAAGGAGAAGGAUACACGACGUGGUUUCGGAAUCUUCCUCCUCCUCCUCCUCCCGCGGAGUUUAGGUUUCUGACGCAAACAACCUUAGUCUUUCAAACGAAAAAUAAUUCAAGCCCGACACCCACCGCCUGAUUUACUAGCAGGGAUAUUUCCGUAAUAACGCCCCUGCGAACUGGUCACCAGCCCUUUUCUUCAGAAAACCGAAAAAGAAAUGACGGAACGUCGUCGUAGUGGUCCAGCUCAUGGGAAGAAGUUGAUGCGAGAACUCUACAGCGACGGGGAGAAUGACAUGGCGCACACGUGUGUAAAUGUGAAGGGUGAUUAAUUUUCCCAUGUUAGACGCGUGCAAUGGCCAGCCCUGUCUGUAUGUGUGUGUGUGUGUGUGUGUGUUUUGUAGGUCGUAUCGCAUUGUGAUGGGUGUGUCGUUUGGUAGAGUUUGUUAUUGAAUUGUAUUGUUAUGUAAGGGACAGAGUUGCCACAGUUGAUACGUCAUCGUUCACCUUAUGUGCCUGUUUUGUAAUGGAUUUUUGCAAAUUAAUGAUGAUGCUGGCAUGCUCUGUCGACCCUA